UGGUCUUCUCUGCAGUGAAAGAUCAGGUGAAGAAGGGUCCAGAGAGAAAGAUUCUCACCCCGACAACUCAAUCUAUUCUUGUAAUCCCUUUUCCCUACCACCACCACCACCACCAUUCCCACUCCUCUGGACCCCACCACCAUUAUCCCACUAACACUUUCUGAUCCUCCUUUUUUCUAUAUUAACCUCCUCUGCUCUUCCCUCUUACUUUCUUCUUCCAUUUCCUCUUCAAAACAUUCACUGGCUGAGCCAGUCAUGGAGGAGCAGCAGCAGCACGGCAGCGGCGGCGGCGGCGGUGGGAGUGGUGAGUAUGACAGUGCUGCUCCUUCCAUUCAUGUUCUUUCUGUUGAUGACUGCUUUCUUGACAGAAAAGUUGUUGAGAGGCACCUCAAGAAAGCAGCUUUUAAAGUUACUAGUGUUGAUAGUGGCAAAAAAGCAAUGGAAGUUCUUGGUUUGUGUCAAGAUAAAGUUGACACACCUUCUACUUAUAAUGACCAAAGGAUUGACAUAAUCCUUACUGACUAUUGUAUGCCUGAGAUGAAUGGAUAUGACCUUCUCAUGGCGGUGAAGGAGAAUAGCCAUGUGAAAUCCAUUCCUGUUGUGAUAAUAUCAUCUGAAUAUGAUCCGCAGAGAAUCAGCAGAUGUCUUGCAAAUGGCGCUGAAGAUUUCCUUCAAAAACCACUUCAACAAAAAGAUUUGCAGAAGUUGAGAAGCUAUGUUAAGCCGGUUCCCCCUGUAUCCAAAACAGGUACGAAAAGGAAAGUUAAAAUGGACUUAAUACCAGAAAGCGGAACAGCAGAAAGGCGACCCCGCAUUGCUGGAGUUGCUGUGGCCUAAUGCUGCGACAGGUUUACUUCCUCUCCCUAAUUUCUUCGUCUCUCUCGCGAUGACAGCGGGUUACAGGCAAUCACGACACUUUCUGGUAUCAGCAAUGAGUUGUUUGGUGUUGUUCGGAGGGAUCGGAUGUUGUGAGGUAAAAAUACAGCAGCCAUGUUUAUAGAAUAGGCCUUGAGUUGAGUCCUUUCAAAUGAAUGUACUUUCUGUUAAUAAUUGUGAAAGUAAUCCUUAUUAUGAAGAGAUUCUUAGGUAGACUCAGUAUAUCACGUCAUCUGCGAACUAAACCUAUCACAUUAUCACUAUUCUCCUUAUUAUGAAUGUUUGCAAAUUCUUGUC